AUGGCCUAUUUAAAGAUGAUUUUUGGAUCACUGGCACUUGCCGUAAUAAGUGACAUGAUCGCAAUGAAGUAUUACCCUCAGAAUGGCUCCGCACUCGCCUGGAGCCUCGCUCAAAUUAAUGGAAGUUUGUUCAAGCUCCGUAACACCACCCAUAGAUUCGCAGAAGUGUUCUGCAAUGAGCCAGACGAAUGUAAAGUUGCCAUAGACCAGUUUUUCGAGGUAGUUUCUGACAUUCCCUACGACCUUGUGGAGGCAAUUGUGAAGUUCUUAGAAAAGCACUCAAACGGACAGGAAAGCGACUGUACUCCAGAUUGUGGUACUGUGCAGAAGAACCUUGAUUUCGCUAAAAAAGGUGCUGUUGAUUUUACUAAAGAGACGGCAGAAGUGAAAGGAAACGUAGCGAAAGCAGAAAACAUAAUUAACUCAUUGAAGUUUGCGAGUUACGUUGAGAAUAACCUGUGUGACCUCAAAGAGGGCAUUCCUGACCAUGAAUACGAUACGACUGUUGACGAAAUUGCUGAUUUGACCGGCAUGCCAGAAAAACUCAAAAAGAUAAUCAAGCGAGCGAGAAAUUUGACCGGUGGAAAUAUUCUCGCCGUCAAUAAGCUGGGGUUCAAGGCCGACGAUGGUAGCCUAGUCUUUGGUCGAGUAGCCGUCAUCCGUCGAGGGAAAGUUCUAGACAUGGCAUACUCACUUCACUCGGUGGAAUAUGAGCUCAUCUCAAAACAUGACAACGCAGAAAAUUUCCAGCAAUUCUCGGAAAGCCUUAACAACGAGAAUGAUGACGAAGCGAAAGGAAACUCCAAGAAGGGAAUUUCCAUGGAGCUGAGAAACGACUUCACGGCGUUCUUCCAUAAGCAGGCCAUCGACGGAUUUGUGAAGCAUUGCGAUUAUGUUUUGAAAACCAUGAACCACGGAGAAGACGUGGUACGCGCCCUUGGUGUCUACAAAAAUGGCGGUACUACCAGAGAGGAAAAGUAA